AUGAACUCCUUCGUGCCGACACAGGCACUCAUCGAGCAAUACCAUCGCGAUGGAUAUUUGUUGCUCCCAGCGGAGGAACAUGGUCUUGUUGACCCAAGGGACCUCCAGCAGUGGACAAAACAGGUCAAAGAGUGGCCGGCUGCGAAGGGGAAAUGGAUGCCGUAUCAUGAGGUGAAUGUCAGUGGAGAAAGACAACUGAUGAGGACGGAGAACUUUGUCGACUAUCAUUCCCAGUUCAAGGAGUUGCUUUGUGGAGACGCUAUUGCGCAAAUAUUGAAGAGCAUUUCUGGGGAUGAAAUGCUCUUGUUCAAGGACAAGAUCAAUUACAAGCUGCCCCUUGGAAAUGGGUUCGCUGCACAUCUCGAUGCUCCUGCAUAUGACCAUAUCGGCAAGAUCGAACAUUUGACUACAAACUUCUCCGUCGACGAAGCAACGCCAGAGAAUGGGUGUAUUGAAGUUGUUCCAGGUUCACAUAAGAUGGACGUGGAACUGUCACAUGGCGGUGCCAUCUCUCAAGCAUGGCAAGAUAGCCAUGUGUGGAGAAAAGUCCCUCUGCAUCCGGGUGAUAUGCUAUUGUUCGGUAGUCACCUUGCACACCGGAGUGGACCUAAUCGAACCAACACCAGCAGAAGCAUGAUCUAUGCCACUUACCAUGGCAAAAGCGACGGGGAGAACCUCAGACAAGAAUAUUACCGACAUAGAAGAGAGAAUUUUCCACCUGAUAGUGAGCGGGUCGAGGGUAAGGACUAUUCACAAGGGUAUAAGACAUAUGGAUUUGCUGCGCCUUUCAUGUCGGAGCAGCAAGUUGAACAGGAUAAGACGACGGUACAAGCUGUUCAUUAA